AUGACACAGGUGCAACCUUCAACAAUCGAACAGCAAAAGCAAAUGUGCUACUUACUUCAUCACGGCGUGUUGAGAGCCGCGAGUCAAACAACUAAACUCCGCGUAGUUUUCAAUGGUUCACAGCAAACUUCAGCCGGAGCUUCUCUGAAUCAAUGUCUCCUGGUGGGUCCGAACCUCUUGCCGGCGUUAGCAGAUGUCAUCACUCGCUGGCGCUGUCACAGAUAUGUGAUGAUCAGUGACGUGGAAAAGAUGUAUCGCCAGAUCAAAGUUCAUCCAGAUGACCGCAAUCUGCAACGAAUACUGUGGAAAUCCAAUUCGUCAAUUGAGGAAUAUCAAGUAAAUACGGUCACUUACGGCCUUGCAUGCGCCCCAUUCCUCGCGAUUAGAACUCUCAAACAAUUAGCUAACGACGAAGAGGCACACUUUCCCGAGGGAGCUGCCGCACUACGUCGCGACGUCUACGUAGACGAUGUGCUCACAGGAGCUCAGUCUCUGGGCGAAGCAAUCAGGUUGCGAAGUCAACUGCAAGGUUUGUGCAAGGCGGGCGGGUUUCCACUGAGGAAGUGGGCGUCCAAUGCUCCGAGCCUCGUGGAUGAUCUACCGCCAGACCUGUGCGCUCAGCAAAGCCGCAGCUGGCAGUCGGGCGAGCUUCACUCAGCGCUGGGCCUUCAGUGGGAUCCAUACUCGGACUGCUUUGCCUUUGUCAUCAAUCUGCGUCCGAGAAGUACAACCCUCACGAAGCGCAACUUACUGUCAGAAACGGCGCAGUUGUUCGACCCGCUGGGCUGGCUUUCCCCAGUGAGCGUCAGUGCCAAGCUGCUUAUUCAAACUACAUGGCUGCAGCGCCUCGACCGGGAUGAUCAACUUCAAGAAGAAAAAGCGGCUCAAUGGACGCGCUUUCGCGAGGAACUGUCUUCCUUAAACUCUGUGCGCGUGCCUCGAUAG